CGGUUGGCUUGCGUUACAGUCAUAACUGGGGUCUAUCAUUUUGAAAAAUCUCGCCUUCUUACCCGGCCCCAUCCCGAAAACUGACUGAGGCUGAGCGUCCCGCCUCCACGCAGCAAGUCCCGCGCCCUGGCGUGGUAGGAUCGGAGAAAUGCGGAGCAGGAGCAACUCUGGGGUCCGCUUGGACGGGUAUGCGCGGCUAGUGCAGCAAACCAUCCUGUGUUACCAGAAUCCGGUCACGGGACUGCUGUCAGCCAGCCAUGAGCAGAAGGAUGCCUGGGUGCGGGACAACAUCUACAGCAUCCUGGCCGUGUGGGGCCUGGGCAUGGCCUACCGCAAGAACGCGGAUCGCGACGAAGACAAGGCCAAGGCCUACGAACUGGAACAGAACGUGGUGAAGCUGAUGCGAGGCCUUCUCCAGUGCAUGAUGAGGCAGGUGGACAAAGUGGAGAAGUUCAAGCACACUCAGAGUACCAAGGACAGCCUGCAUGCCAAGUACAACAGCGCCACCUGCAGCACUGUGGUGGGCGAUGACCAGUGGGGCCACCUCCAGGUGGAUGCCACCUCUCUCUUCCUACUGUUCCUGGCCCAGAUGACUGCCUCGGGCUUACGUAUUGUUUUCACCCUCGACGAAGUGGCCUUCAUCCAGAAUCUUGUCUUUUACAUCGAAGCUGCAUAUAAAGUCGCCGAUUACGGAAUGUGGGAGCGUGGCGAUAAGACUAACCAGGGUAUCCCGGAACUGAAUGCCAGCUCUGUAGGAAUGGCGAAGGCUGCUCUUGAGGCAAUUGAUGAACUGGACCUGUUUGGAGCACAUGGAGGACGCAAGUCAGUGAUCCAUGUCCUGCCUGAUGAAGUUGAGCAUUGCCAGUCUAUUCUGUUCUCCAUGCUGCCCAGAGCAUCGACAUCUAAAGAGAUUGAUGCUGGACUUCUUUCCAUCAUUUCCUUCCCGGCCUUUGCCGUGGAAGAUGGAAACCUGGUGAAUGUGACCAAAAAUGAAAUUAUUUCCAAGCUGCAGGGGCGUUACGGAUGCUGUCGCUUUCUCCGAGAUGGUUAUAAAACCCCGAGAGAGGACCCAAGCAGAUUGCAUUAUGAUCCAGCGGAACUCAAGCUCUUUGAAAACAUCGAAUGUGAGUGGCCUGUGUUCUGGACAUAUUUUAUAAUAGAUGGAGUCUUCAACGGUGACGCUGUUCAGGUCCAAGAGUACCGAGAGGCCCUAGAGGGAAUAUUAAUCAGAGGCAAGAACGGGAUCCACCUGGUGCCGGAACUCUAUGCCAUCCCACCACAUAAGGUGGAUGAAGAGUACAAGAACCCUCACACAGUGGACAGAGUUCCUCUGGGCAAGCUGCCCCAUCUAUGGGGCCAGUCCUUAUACAUCCUCAGCUCGCUGUUGGCAGAGGGAUUCCUUGCCGCUGGUGAAAUUGAUCCCUUAAAUAGACGAUUUUCCACUUCAGUCAAACCUGAUGUUGUGGUGCAAGUUACUGUUUUGGCCGAAAACAGUCACAUUAAGGAGUUGUUGCAGAAACACGGGGUAAACGUGCAGAGCAUCGCAGACAUUCAUCCCAUUCGCGUCCAGCCAGGCCGGAUUCUUAGUCACAUAUAUGCCAAGCUUGGACGGAAUAAGAAUAUGAAACUGAGUGGGCGACCGUAUCGGCACAUUGGCGUCCUUGGAACCUCUAAACUAUAUGUGAUUAGGAACCAAAUCUUUACUUUUACACCCCAGUUCACCGACCAGCAUCACUUCUACCUGGCCCUGGACAACGAGAUGAUCGUGGAGAUGCUGAGGAUUGAGCUGGCCUACCUGUGCACCUGCUGGCGGAUGACGGGCAGACCCACGCUCACCUUCCCCAUCACUCACACCAUGCUCACAAAUGAUGACUCAGACAUUCAUCCUGCAGUUCUUUCCACAAUUCGAAAACUAGAGGAUGGGUAUUUUGGAGGAGCGAGAGUGAAAUUGGGGAACCUCUCGGAAUUCCUCACCACAUCAUUCUACACGUAUCUCACAUUCCUGGAUCCAGACUGUGACGAGAAGUUAUUUGAUGAUACCAGCGAAGACAGCUUCAGUCCUGACAGUGAUUCAGAUCUGGGAGGCUAUUUGGAAGACACGUAUAAUCCAGAAAGCCAAGACGAACUUGACCAGUAUAUCAACCAUCUUCUGCAAAGCACAUCCUUGAGGUGCUAUCUGCCCCCUCUUUGCAAGAAGACAGAAGAAAGCCACAUCUUCAGUGCUGUCCACUCCACUCGAGACAUACUUUCUGUGAUGGCAAAAGCAAAGGGUCUGGACAUUCCAUUUGUCCCCAUGACUUUGCCAACUACUGUCCUAAGUGCCCACCGUAAAUCGCUGAAUCUCGUUGAUUCUCCGCAGCCCCUCCUAAAAAAGCCUUCUGAAGGUGACUUCCAGUGGCCCAGAGAUGACCAUGGUGAAGUAGACUGUGAGAAGCUGGUUGAGCAGCUGAAAGAUUGUUCGAAUUUGCAGGAUCAAGCAGACAUUCUGUACAUUCUUUAUGUCAUAAAGGGUCCUAGCUGGGACACCAAUCUCUCCGGACAGCAUGGGGUCACCGUUCACAGCCUUCUGAGUGAGCUCUACGGGAAAGCCGGCUUGAACCAGGAGUGGGGAUUGAUUCGCUAUAUCUCGGGCCUGCUCAGGAAGAAAGUAGAGGUCCUGGCCGAGGCCUGCACGGACCUGUUGUCACACCAAAAGCAGCUGACGGUGGGCCUGCCGCCCGAGCCCCGGGAGAAGACCAUCUCUGCGCCCCUCCCCCCAGAGGAGCUCACCAAACUCAUCUAUGAGGCCAGCGGGCAGGACAUCAGCAUUGCCGUCCUCACGCAGGAGAUUGUGGUUUACCUGGCCAUGUACGUCAGGGCCCAGCCAAGCCUCUUCUUGGAGAUGCUCAGACUGAGGAUCGGCCUGAUCAUUCAGGUGAUGGCCACCGAGCUGGCUCGGAGUCUGAAUUGCUCAGGAGAAGAAGCUUCUGAAAGCUUAAUGAACCUCAGCCCUUUUGAUAUGAAGAAUCUGCUGCACCAUAUUCUGAGUGGAAAGGAGUUUGGCGUCGAGAGAAGCGUGCGCCCUAUCCACUCCUCCACGUCCAGCCCUGCUAUCUCCAUCCAUGAGGUGGGACAUACUGGAGUCACCAAAACUGAGAGGAGUGGCAUUAGCAGACUGAGGAGUGAGAUGAAACAGAUGACUAGGCGAUUUAGUGCUGAUGACCAGAGGCGGCCGAGGCCUGGAGUUAGCAGCAGGGAUGGCCUGCCUGGACUGGUUCUGGACACAACUAGUGUUGAGGGGGCUCAGCACCCCCACAGCCUGCACCCGGGCCUGGGCCCCUACCUGCUCGGCCUCCUCCCUAGGUCCAGCACCCCGUCCUCGCCCACUGGAACGUCUUCAACAGACUCAGGAGGACAUCACAUUGGCUGGGGGGAGCGGCAGGGCCAGUGGCUGCGCAGGAGAAGACUGGAUGGGGCCAUCAACAGGGUCCCUGUGGGCUUCUACCAGAAGGUGUGGAAGAUUCUUCAGAAGUGCCAUGGACUCUCCAUAGAUGGUUAUGUGCUCCCAUCCUCAACGACCCGAGAGAUGACCCCACAUGAGAUCAAGUUCGCUGUCCAUGUUGAGUCGGUGCUGAACCGUGUGCCCCAGCCUGAGUACCGGCAGCUGCUGGUGGAAGCCAUCAUGGUGCUGACGCUGCUCUCGGACACAGAGAUGAACAGCAUUGGGGGCAUCAUCCACGUGGACCAGAUGGUGCAGACGGCCAACCAGCUGUUCCUGCAGGACCAGGUGUCAGUUGGAGCCAUGGACACCCUGGAGAAAGAUCAAGCCACAGGAAUUUGCCACUACUUUUAUGACAGUGCUCCAAGUGGGGCUUAUGGAACAAUGACCUACCUCACAAAGGCAGUGGCUUCUCAUUUGCAGGAAUUGCUGCCCAGUUCAGGCUGCCAGAUGCAAUAGGGUCUCAUUGGUAAAUGUGACCACACUCUGAACCUGUCACAUGCCCCCUGGCCUCAUUGGAAACUUUCUAUUGUCCCCCCUCCCCCAAGAUCCCCUGUGCCGUCACAACAGCAUGUCCCACCAGACACCCUCACAGAGAGGAUAUGCCAGCUGAAAGCCAUAGAUAGAGCUGACGAAUCCUGUGUCCCCCAAAGAGCUUCCUGGGAUCAUCUUCGAGGUUCAUUUCAUUGCAACAUUUGUCACAGCAUCUGGUCUCGCGGACUCUGAGGAGGAAUUGGAAAUUGGUAUCUUUUGAAUGCAGAGUGAACUGAGAAGCCAGCUUAAAUUGGCUCUUGCAGAGAGUUACAGAAAUAGGUUCCAUGAGCUAGUGACACAUCUUAAAGACGCAAAGAUUUUCCAGCAGCAGCAGCUAGACGACGGACCUUGACAAGGAGAACAUCCUAACAGGAUGCAGUCUGUCUGUCUGUGCCCCAAACUGCUUACCAAAUAGAGCAAUUCUUUCUGUGGGAA